UCUGGCAAUCUAGUUGCCAGGGAAAUGUGACAUCUAUUUGGUUUGCGCCAUCGAUCAAAUUUAGUUUUAGUUACCUUUAUUUACAAGGAGAAGAUGUCGUAUCAAAACUGGAUAAAUUAUUUAAAAUCGGCCGAGAAGAACUCCAUAGUCAGUGGAAGGAUACGCAAGGUGCUAUACAAGUUUGCCGAUGGCCAACAAAUGAGCGAGGAAUAUAACAUGGACACGGGUAUUGUUCAGCGUCGAGCCUGGCGCAAGUGUAAACAACUGAUGGGUGAGCCCGAAUGGGAGAUCGAACUGGGCGAGGAACCACGUCAGCUAAAUUGGAGCGCCAACAAGACAAAUGGAGCCGGGGACUCUGAUGCAAUGGCUGGCGCCGAAUUCACUGUGCGAGAGAGUAAUACAGCUCCUCUGUUGACCAAACGGAUCACUAAGAAGAACAUUGAGUGGCGUAUACGUAAUAUGCCAUAUCCCCUGGACGUGUACAAUGUAAAAGCACAGGCCGAAAAGCGUGCCAUCGUGGUUAGCACCAGCAACAAAAAAUAUUACAAGGUGAUCCCAGUGCCCGAACUAGAUAGAUGUGGUGUGCCUCCACAGCAGUCCAGCAUCACAGUUCAUCAUCAGUUCAACACUUUGAUCAUAACAUAUAGUAAGCCGGACAUUAUCUGUGAGAUGGAGGCCCAGGUCCUUAUGCUGCUGAAGGAUGUGGAAACAGAGACCAGUAUGGAUGAUCUUCUAAAAGGACUGAUGGCCAAAUAAAAGUUUUUUAUUAUAUAGCAUA